AUGACGGCCCUAGUUAUAACUAUGUUAAAGGUUGCACUCCUUUUUCUUUUGCCCCUUAUGCGGAGUGAAGAAAAUCAAAUUCGUGAGUUUCCAAGUGAUCUUCUAUCAUCAGAAAACAUUCUUCCGUACAGUCGACCGAUUAUUGGACCAGGUCUUCCGUAUGGCGGUGCUUUACCAGGCUUGUUUGGUUUAGGUCUGCAUGGACUAGGUGGAUUACACUCAGCUGGAGCACUGAACGGUGGCUACAAUGGAUUAGGAGCAGCUGGUCAUGGUUUUCAUGGAGGAAACUUAUUUGGAAAACAAGGAUUUUCAAAAGGAGUUGGCGGAGGAGGUUACGGCCUUCAAAACGGAUUUGGUGGUGUUUUUGGAACUAAAGGAGGAUUCGGAGAUCAAUUCAUUGGAGGAAAUAGUAACACUUUUGCGAAAGAAAAAGUGUUUUCACAAAAUAAAAAUUUUGGUAGUGGUGUCAAAGGAGGUUUUGGUGCUGGAUACGGAGCCCAAGGUGCCCACAAUGGUCUAGGUGGCUACGGAGGAUUUGGUGGUCUAGGAGGAUUUGGUACUGGUGGAGCAGGUGGACAAGGACUUUAUGCAGCAGGAGGUGUUGGUGGAGGUGGUUUUGGGCAUUAUGGACAUAAUCUGGGGUCUUUACAUGGAAAAGGGGUAGGAGCGGCAGGAUAA